AGCUUUGACCCAGCUUCACAAGUAGUUGUUCUCCUUGUUUUCUCCUUCGCUCUCAACAGCUUUUUCCCCACUCCUUCUUGCGGUCGAUCCGGCCGUUUUCCUUGGUAAACACAUAGAUCAAAGAAGAAGUCAGUGAUACUGAAGAUAACUCAACGACCGCUGAUUCAUCUCGUUGGUUCGAAGGAUUCAAAGAAUUCGUAACUUUGUUUUGAUUCACUUUUAGAAGUCUUAUUAAUUAUAGUUUUCCAUUUCUUGAGAGCACGUAGGUGUUCUCGAACAUUAUAAUGCUGAUGUCGGGUUUUCAACCGCCGGAGAGGCGGCCGUUGCAAACCACAAUGCUGCCGCAGUUCCAGUUUGGUGGUGAGAGUCUGGCUCUGCGUGUGAUGUAUGGCGGCAACCUGGGAAAAUUUUUGGCUGAGGUCCCACUGUUCAAGAGCAUGUCCCCGGCAGAUCUUUCCCAAUUGGCGCAAAACAUGGAAAUUAAGACUUACCAACCGGGUACGCCAAUUUUCAGCUUGGGCGACCUUGGUGACUGCUUCUAUGUUGUUUUGCAGGGUGAAGCAGAAGUCCGGGUUCCCGACCAGACCUGGCUCAAGGUGGGCCAAGAAGCACAGUUGGCUGUACCAACCAAGAUUGCGGGCCAAGUUUACCCAAAAGGUACCUUUCCGCUUAGCUCCGCAUCAAUACAUAUCAACACUAGAAGAGGAAGAACUAGAAGUACUGUAUGCUCAUUAUACUUACAUACACAAAUGUAGCUAGUCGUACAACACGGUGUACGAGACCUUGCAGUUCCGCGGCUGUCUUUUUUCAGGCGAUACUAGAGCUAUUAUAUAUAAGUAGUUAAAAAGAUAUAAUUCGCGUUGAUAAUCGCCGCGAUGAUCAGAUUCCGGAGUGGUCCUUGGCUUCUUGAUGGAGCCACCGCUUUUGAUUUUCUAUCUCAAUAUUCAUCUUAUUCUUCACAAUGCUUGAUCAAACAAUCUGUUUCAGGAACCAAGGGUGUAGUAGACAAAUAUGAAGGAAAGCGUGGAUACCCUUACACCUUCCGAACGCAAGAUAACAUGCGCGGCCGUGUGGCUGAGCAUGAGUUGGGGCCAAUCGAUGGCGCUCCACCGCACGCAGAAAAGUUCAUCGCGCUUCUCAGGUAAUUUACCCUUUCUACGGGGACUUGUUCGCACUUAUUACUAGGAGAUGACGGCGCGAUUAUGUCGUCCUUUGCUCGUUCGAGAAGAAUAAACGACGCGGCCUACAAACCACAUAUUAUGUUCAUGGAAGCAAAAGCAUAAAGGUAAAAAUAUCAUCAUGAUGACUCACUUCUUCGAGCUUUUUUUUACAUCGAUUUCAACACCAGACCCGGAGACUAUGUCGGUGAGCAGGCAAUCCUGAAGAGCGCCUACCGGAACGCGACCGUGAAGGCCUACGUGCCUAAGGAUGGCAAGCCAGCAAAAAGCCUGGUCUGCGGAGUGUUGACGAAGGCGGCCUUCGUUGCCAUGGACCUGAACCACAAGUUGGUCUUUCCCAGGCGCAAGGCCGUGCUGGCUAUCGAUGACGCUUUUGAGUCGCGCAUGGGCGAAGAGAAGCUACAAGCGAUGAGCACCAAGACCGCGGAGGAGGCGGAAUUCGUGCGACAGGCGAUCAAGAACAACAAGGUGAUCCACGACCUCAUCGAGUUGACCCCGGAGCACAUCGACGCUAUGGUGCGCGUGGCUUACAAGCAGAACGUCGCGGCCAAGGAGGUUCUCAUCCGCGAGGGAGACCUCUUCGCAACGCAGUUCUACAUAGUUGCGUCCGGCGCAUUCGAGUUCAGCAUUGCCGCCAAGAACGGCUCGGAACACGACAAACUGUUCCAGCACCAGAUGAUGCGUCAGUGCAAGCCCGGUGGCUCCUUCGGUGAGAUUGCACUGAUGUACCACUGCCAGCGCGAGGCCACCGCGACCUGCACCGAGGCGGCCACCGUGUGGGUGGUCGACCGCAUCGCCUUCAAGAACAUCCUCUACACGACCCGCCGCAAGCAGCUGUUGCAGUACGUGGACAUCAUUGGGUCCAUCCCGCAGUUCAACUGCUUGCUGAACGAUGAGCGCGAGGCCUUCGCCGAAGCGUUGUUCGAGAAGCACUUCAUCGCAGGCGAGUACAUCAUCCGCGAGCAGGAACUGUCCACUAUGUUCACCGUGUUGGUCAGCGGUGAGGUCGAAAUCGACGGAAAGCGCUACAACACCACCGAGAACCCGGGCUUCUUCUUCGGCGAGGAGAGUCUCCUGCGCGGCUCCGUGUCGCAGCACAGCGUGAAGUGCAUCUCUGAUGACGUGGUGGUCGCGUGCCUGUCCAAGCAUGACUUCGAACGCCUCCUAGGCCCGCUGGAGGACCUGAUGGCGGCGAGCAAGCAAGCGGGCAAGCCGCGAAGAUCCAAGGUUGAACUCGUGGACCACCCGAAGUCAGCUACUCUCGAUAUCAAGAUGAAUGAUUUGAAGCGCAUUGGCAUGCUUGGUUGCGGUGGAUUCGGAGCCGUCUCUCUGGAACAGCAUGCAAAAACGGGACAAUGCUUCGCGCUCAAGCAAAUGAGCAAGGCCUACGUCGUCAAGUGCAAGAUGCAGAAAUCCAUCAUGAACGAAAAGAACAUCCAGCUGAUGUGCAACUCGCCCUUCAUCGUCAAAUUGUAACCACAAUUUUUAAUAGUCAUUUCAUUUAGGCUUUUUCUCCUUCUACUUGUCGAACAAGAUGAAGGAGGUUUUGGUCUGGUCUUUGUUUUUCUUUGAUGAGUCACCAUCUAUUCGCCAUUAUUACCUAUAAAGAAAUGAGGUUCGCCUGCGCGCGAGGAUGGCGAUAGUGGGGCGAGUCUUAAUGAUUCACAUUUGUAAUGAACUUACCAAUCUCAAGUCUCCAUCUCAAUCUUUAUUUGAUUAUCAAUUUACCUUUAAAGUCUUGUUCUCUACCUGACCCAGGUAUCAAACCUUUAACCUCCCGGCACAUUUGUGCCUGCUUCUGGAGCCAGUUCUUGGAGGCGAGCUUUAUCACACUUACCAUAAGAGGAAAAUGCAUGGCGACAGCACCAGAGCUCGCUUCUACGCGGCAACGACAGUGAAAGCUUUCGCACACUUACACGAGAAGCAGGUACAGCUGAGUUAAUAUCUUUGAUCCACUGGCACGAGACGGAGAGUUUUAGCACUAGUGCUACGGAAUGUUUUGAUUUUGUGGUAAGCGUAGCUUGAAUAUGCAAUAUUUGCGCACGAAGUUUCUUCGAGGACAUACGCUAGUGUGAUUCCAAUCUUCUUAUAUAGAAGUCCUCGGGGAUGAUGAUAUUUAUGGGAUCGGAGGUAUCCGCAUCUUGCCCAAUAAAAGACUCAAAUCUAUCAUCAAUAUUGACUAGGAAUCAAUUAUACCAUCAAUCGAAGAGGAAAGCUUUUCAUCUUGGUCUCAACAACACAGGUGAUCUUCCGAGAUUUGAAGCCAGAGAACUUGUUGCUGGAUCACGAGGGUCGUUGCAAGUUGACGGACAUGGGUUUGGCGAAGCAGACCGCCAUUAAGACGUUCACCACGUGCGGAACUCCCGACUACUUCGCUCCGGAGAUUAUAGACCGUAAGGGACACCACGCAGGCGUCGAUUGGUGGACUUUGGGUGUGCUGGUGCACGAGCUGAUGUCUGGACAUGCGCCGUUUGAAGCCUCGCAGCCCGCUCAGAUUUACGCAAAAGUGCGCCGCGGUGUCAACCAGGUGAUGUUCCCGUACAAGGAAAGCGACCCCGGUGCGGUCGAGAUGGUCAAGGGCCUGUUGAAGAACGAGCCCCAGGAGCGUUUGCCGAUGCUUCCGGGAGGUGUGGACAACAUCCGCAGUCAUAGCUGGUACCAAAACGCCAAGUUCAGCUGGCCGGAAUUCGAAGCCAACAAGAUGAAGGUCCCUUACAAGCCAGAUGUCAAGGGCCCAACCGAUCUCAGCAACUUCAAAUGCCGAACUGAGGCUGACAUGCCCAAGCACUUCAACAUGGACUACAAAGAUCCGGGUGACGGUUGGGACAAAGACUUCUAA